UAGCAUUGAUAAUUUCUUACAUUAGUGCAAUUGAAUAACAUUAUUAUGGCUGUCUACCAGAACGCAGGGGCGGAGUAACCCUUCGGGCGUGGGUUCAGCCGAACGCAGUAACUUUGGUCCGAACCAUAUAUUUGUAUUAAAUCUUUUGUCAAAUAUGUAUAAAUUAUUAAUUUAGAACCCAGUAACUUUAAAGAAUUAGAACCCCAAACCCAUAAGCUUCGAAUUCUGGCUCCACCUCUGCCAGAGCGUUACUAAGAGGUCUUUCUAUACCCAUUUAUCUGGAUCCUCUACUUAUAUAUAGUCUAUCGCUUUUUACUGUGAGAAGAGAUGAAUACAAAUUCUUCCACCUUUUGCUCUAGUUUUUCUUUUGGUUAAUCUUUGUUAGAUUUUGGCUCCUAGUUUUAUACUAGAAGAGCUUGUUGAAUCUUGGGGAUACACCUAUACCAGGUGAAAUAUCCUUUAAAGACAGUGUCUUAAUUGACAUGCCUCAAGCUUUCAAGAAUUCCUAUAGUGUUCGUGAUCAAAUAUUUUCCUUAAGAUUUCCAACAGCCCAGAUAGCACAGUUAUUAAAAAAAUAAAAAUAAAAAAAAUUAGUCCAUUAUCUUUGGCUCGGACACGACAGUUAAGAAAAAGGAUUUAGAUCCGUUAUUCGCUACGAUUGUAGACUAUGUCAAUUAAGUUAAUAAGUUUUGUACAAUGGCUCCAGCCUCCAACAGAUUGGCCACACUCUGUUCCAGGUUAGCUGUUGAUAUUAAGUAGAUGGUUACCUACAAAUGUUUUUGAGCGAACUUUUGUGUUGACUUGAUUGUGAAAAUAUGUUCUAUAUCAUCAGUUUAUGAAACUUGAAACUCUUUUCCAUUUGUUUCAUCUUUAGAAUGGAGUGAGUGUUGAACUUGAAUACCAGUCAUGGUAUCUAAAUGCAUCAAGUAAGAAGAGUUUUUCAGAAAAAAGAACAUAAAGAAGUUACAAGAAAUUAAGUAAGGAGCUCAUUUCCAAUAUGAGGGUUCAUUCUUCAAGGCUUAUGCUUGUAGAUAAUGUCUGCUUUAAUAUUUUGUAUAUGCAUGCAACAGUCAAAAGCUUAUGAUUUCUUUCUUUUUCAUUCCCCGCCCCCUUAUUUUUCUAAAUGAGCAGUGUUAUGCAAAAGUAUGGAGUGUAAUUCUCAAGUUAUGACUCCACCACUGCAUGGUGAUAGGGAGGAGGAAAGCCAGAGUAAUGUUACUCUAUUGGCUUCUUCGGCCUUCUCAGAAAGCAUAUGCCAGAAACAAUCGGAACUUAAAGAGCGAAACUAUAUGGAGCUUUCUGAUUGUUCUUCAGUAGAUAGCUCUACCGUUUCCACAUCAAAUGACAAUAAUGGCUGUGGAUUAAAUCUAAAGGCAACAGAGCUCAGGCUUGGGCUCCCUGGGUCACGGUCUCCUGAGAGAAUUACCGAGCCUUGCCCUUUGGGCUCAUCAAAGCUUGACGAGAGGCUGCCUUAUCCCUUGCACCCAGCCAAAGAUCUAACUGGAAACAAACGAGUGUUUUCUGAUGCUAUGGAUGGAUUCCCAGAGGGAAAAUUUAUCCCCAGUUCAGGUGCGAAAGUAGGUUCUCGAAAGGAGACAUCAGAUGCUCAACCGCCUAAAAAAGAGGCAAUAACACAAAAUGCAGUUCAAGAGAGGCCUUGUGCUGUGAAUGAGAGUUCUUCAAACCGUGCUGCUACCAAGGCACAGGUUGUGGGUUGGCCACCAAUUCGAUCUUUUAGAAAGAAUAAUCUGGCUUCUACUUCUAAGAACAAUCACGAACUGGAUGGAAAAAGUGGAUCUACUGUCCUUUUCAUUAAGGUCAGCAUGGAUGGUGCUCCUUAUUUGAGGAAAGUGGACCUGAGAACCUAUUCUGCAUACCAGGAGCUCUCUUCUGCUCUCAAAAAUAUGUUCAGUUUUUCCCUUGAUCAAUAUGGAUCUCAUGAAGCUGUAGGGAAGGAGUUGUUAAAUGAGAGCAAAUUGAAGGAUUUGCUUCAUGGAUCUGAGUAUGUACUCUCUUAUGAGGAUAAGGAUGGGGACUGGAUGCUUGUUGGUGAUGUGCCUUGGGACCCCAAAGGCUAUGGGAAAGUAUCGGAGCAGGAAUUAGCCACUAUUUACCCAUGGUUAAUGCUGUCCGUCCAGCAAUAUUUGGUAAGAAAGAAAUGGGAAAAGGGUGAACAGCUCAAAAACUAGGAGCCCUUAUUAUAGCAUUUACAGUGACCAGGUGUUGGUCCUGGAAGUGCGUCUCCUGUAGAUACUUUACCUCAUUGUUCUUUUGGUCAUUUUUCCAUAAUUUAUGUCCUCUAAGCUCUGUAUCAUAUAUGAUAGAAAGACUAUUUAUAUGUGAGUUCAACGGGAACGUAUCUGUGUAGAGCACUCAGUUCUCCUCUAAAGAGUACUAGUUUAGAGAGAGCGCAUUGCUUAUUGAAAUUUUACCGUGGUACUUAAGACCAAGUUUUAGUUUGAUUCCGUGUGUGGAAUUAGCUGGUAUUACUCUCUGAAUAAAUGUAUUUUUCACCUUUGGUGAAACCUAGUUGUCGAAAGCUCCAAUACAUCUUACCUUACUGUCACACGUAUGGUUUAGAUUACUUGAGAUCAAGGGGCUAAUUAGUUACUAGAAGUGAAAAGAGAAGGGAGAACAAGCAUUGCAGAUUGAAGCUCCAAGUCUAUACAAUGUCCCAGGAUAUUGAAUAAAGAAAAAGGGAAGAUAUUGCAACAUAUUAUUUGGUUUGUUGCAAAAGGCUGUAUUCCGGCCAACUCAAUUUCAGAUUAAAUAGUGUUGUCUACUGCCAUCCUUUUUGGAAUCUGCAAGUGAUGCUUAUUGUUAUUUCCUUAUCAGAAGAAUAAAAAUAAAGUAGAGAGGAGUUGCAUUGUUGAAAUGGUGUCCAGACUCCAGUGUAUAUGAGUAUGAUUAUUAUUGUUAUUAGGGAAAAAAUUUCCAACAAAAAUGGUAGCACUGACCUGAAGGGGUGUUUAUCUGAGCAAUUAGAGGUGAUCAUGCCAAGAUUUUCUAUGUCAUUGUCUAUGCUCUUGGAUUUCUACUGAGCUUAUUUCAAUGAAGCGUAGACAUUAGAGGAAAAGAAUCACAAUGUUAGUUCACAUUAUUGUUCCAGGCAGUUCCAAAAUUUAAAAGCUGUAAGUUCAAUCUUUCAGGUUAUUAGCAUUGAACCGAUUAUAUUCUAAAAAUUAUGAGGACAAACUUUACUAGUUGUUGCAAUUUUAGUGGAUUUUACAUAAAUUUGUACUCCACAAUAAAAAUACCGACUACAUCCACGU